CAAUGUAGUCCGCCUUCUAUUUUUGCCCCGAUCUAAUAGUUUUAGUUGGAUUGAACCAAGUUUUAUCAAGACCUUGAUCGAUCUGUCACAUCCUCCCCUAUGAACUUCUACGGCUCCUCUCCCAAAGGCCCCGGAAUGGCCGUCUCGCCCUCCGCCAGCGUAUUUCGCGAACCGAAGCUGCAGCUCCCCUCUACGACCGACCCACCCGGUCCCCAGAAUCCACCGAAGCCUUUCGUAUGGCUCAUCUUCGGUGCAACGGGCCACAUGGGCCGCUCACUCGUGAAGACAGCCCUCGCGCGGGAUGAUCUGGUUUCGGCAGUGGGACAAACCUUUGAGAAUAGCCCCGAAGCGAUGCGCGAGCUUUCUGCCGAGCACGAGAACUGCCUGGGACUGCUGUGCGACGUGCGGGCCCGCGCGACCGUGAAACAGGCAAUCGACCGGACGAUCGACCGCUUCGGACAUAUUGAUAUCAUUGCCAACUGUUCGGGGUACGGAGUGAUCGGGGCGUGUGAAGACCAGGACGAGUACGACAUCCGGGAUCAAUUCGAGACAAACUUCACCGGCACACUGAAUAUCAUACAGCUCUCGUUGCCGUAUUUCCGGGAACAAAGAUCCGGGCGAUAUCUGAUCUUCAGUUCGACGUCCGGGGCAUUAGGCGUGCCUGGGCUUGGACCGUACUGUGCGUCUAAGUAUGCGGUGGAGGGACUCAUGGAGAGCAUGCUAUACGAGGUGGAUAAUUUCAAUAUCAAGACAACAUUGGUGGAACCGGGGCAUAUGAGGAGAGACGAUAUCGGUGACUUAGUGUCGGACUCUGUGUUUUUCAAUAAUGAGCAUAAUCUGGCGUCGCCGUUGCCGCUCUAUGGACAUUUCUUGGUCAAGCCCCCCAGUGAGCCAUAUAAUACAACGACAGCACCGGCGGCCCAUGCAAAGCGUAUGUUGAUGUGGUUAGGUGAUAAGCAGCCUGCUAGUGCGGUGAAGGCGGCGCAUUUGGUCUGGCAGCUGGGACAUUGUUCCUAUCCGCCGCUGAGGUUGAUCUUAGGGACGUAUGCGGUGGAGAGUAUCCGGGAUCGGUUGAAGUGUAUUAUUGAGGAGAUCGAGGAUUGGAAAUACCUUAGCUUUCCGGUGGGUGAGCAGCAAUAAUACAUACCACUACCUACUAGACAUGGCUGUGACGCGCAGAGCUCUGCUGCUCACCACCGCCUCCGG